AGCGGCUUCCCACCGCAUCGUCGGGGCGCUCAGACACCUCGGGGGCCCAGAACAUGGCUGCGCCUGCCCGCUCGGUCCGGGCCAGCGGCUGCUUCCUGAGGGCGCGCGGCCGGCGCGGGGGAGCUGGCAGCUCUCCCACGCUUGCGCCCGGCGGAUGCUGCUGCUAGGGGUGGUGGGCGCAGCCGCGGGUCGUGUGGCCGGGAGCGGGGGUGACGGCCUGGGAUUCCGGGGGCCUCUCUUCUUGCCCUCCUCUCCUCUCUCUUCCCAGUGUGGCCGUGGCUGACACUAAAGACUUUGUAGCCAUCAACCCAAGUGCAGUUUCGAUGGAAGAUGAAGGUUGCACGUUUUCAAAAAAUUCCUAAUGCUGAAAAUGAGACAAUGAUUCCUGUAUUGACAUCAAAAAAAGCAAGUGAAUUACCAGUCACUGAAGUUGCAAGCAUUCUCCAAGCUGAUCUUCAGAACGGUCUAAACAAAUGUGAAGUAAGUCAUCGGAGAGCCUUCCAUGGCUGGAAUGAAUUUGAUAUCAGUGAAGAUGAGCCACUAUGGAAGAAGUAUAUUUCUCAGUUUAAAAAUCCCCUUAUUAUGCUGCUUCUGGCUUCUGCAGUCAUCAGUGUUUUAAUGCAUCAGUUUGAUGAUGCUGUCAGUAUCACUGUGGCAAUACUUAUCGUCGUUACAGUCGCCUUUGUUCAGGAAUAUCGUUCAGAAAAAUCUCUUGAAGAACUGAGUAAACUUAUGCCACCAGAAUGCCAUUGUGUGCGUGAAGGAAAAUUGGAACAUACACUUGCACGAGACUUGGUUCCAGGUGAUACAGUUUGCCUUUCUGUUGGGGACAGAGUUCCUGCUGACUUGCGCUUGUUUGAGGCUGUGGAUCUUUCCAUUGAUGAGUCCAGCUUGACAGGAGAGACAACACCUUGUUCUAAGGUGACAGCUCCCCAGCCGGCUGCCACUAAUGGAGAUCUUGCAUCAAGAAGUAACAUUGCCUUCAUGGGAACACUGGUCAGAUGUGGCAAAGCAAAGGGUAUUGUCAUUGGAACAGGAGAAAAUUCUGAAUUUGGAGAGGUUUUUAAAAUGAUGCAAGCAGAGGAAGCACCAAAAACCCCUCUGCAGAAGAGCAUGGACCUCUUAGGAAAACAACUUUCCUUUUACUCCUUUGGUAUAAUAGGUAUCAUCAUGUUGGUUGGCUGGUUACUAGGAAAAGAUAUCCUGGAAAUGUUUACUAUUAGUGUAAGUUUGGCUGUAGCAGCAAUUCCUGAAGGUCUUCCCAUUGUGGUCACAGUGACUCUAGCCCUUGGUGUUAUGAGAAUGGUGAAGAAAAGGGCCAUUGUGAAAAAGCUACCUAUUGUUGAAACUCUGGGGUGCUGUAAUGUGAUUUGUUCAGAUAAAACUGGAACCCUGACGAAGAAUGAAAUGACUGUUACCCACGUAUUUACUUCGGAUGGCCUGCGUGCUGAGGUUACUGGAGUUGGCUACAAUCCAUUUGGGGAAGUGAUUGUUGAUGGUGAUGUUGUUCAUGGAUUCUAUAACCCAUCUGUUAGCAGAAUUGUCGAGGCGGGCUGUGUGUGCAAUGAUGCUGUAAUUAGAAACAACACUCUAAUGGGGAAACCAACAGAAGGAGCCUUAAUUGCUCUUGCAAUGAAGAUGGGUCUUGAUGGACUUCAACAGGAUUAUAUCAGAAAAGCUGAAUACCCUUUUAGCUCUGAGCAGAAGUGGAUGGCUGUUAAGUGUGUGCACCGAACACAGCAGGACAGACCAGAGAUUUGUUUUAUGAAGGGUGCUUAUGAACAGGUGAUUAAGUAUUGUACUACAUAUCACAGCAAAGGGCAGACCUUGACACUCACCCAGCAGCAGAGAGAUCUGUACCAACAAGAGAAGGCCCAGAUGGGCUCUGCAGGGCUCAGAGUUCUUGCUUUGGCUUCUGGUCCUGAAUUGGGACAACUGACGUUCCUUGGCCUGGUGGGAAUCAUUGAUCCUCCUAGAACUGGUGUGAAAGAAGCAGUUACAACACUCAUUGCCUCGGGAGUGUCAAUAAAAAUGAUUACUGGAGACUCACAGGAGACUGCAAUUGCAAUCGCUAGUCGUCUGGGAUUAUAUUCCAAAACCUCCCAGUCAGUCUCAGGAGAAGAAAUAGAUGCAAUGGAUGUCCAGCAGCUUUCGCAGAUGGUACCAAAGGUUGCAGUAUUUUACAGAGCUAGUCCAAGGCACAAGAUGAAAAUUAUUAAGUCUCUGCAGAAGAACGGGUCGGUUGUGGCCAUGACAGGAGAUGGAGUAAAUGAUGCAGUCGCUCUGAAGGCUGCAGACAUUGGAGUUGCAAUGGGUCAGACUGGCACAGAUGUUUGCAAAGAGGCAGCAGACAUGAUCCUGGUGGAUGAUGAUUUCCAAACCAUCAUGUCUGCAAUUGAGGAGGGUAAAGGGAUUUAUAAUAACAUUAAAAAUUUUGUUAGAUUCCAGCUGAGCACGAGUAUAGCAGCGUUAACUUUAAUCUCACUGGCUACAUUAAUGAACUUUCCCAAUCCUCUCAAUGCCAUGCAGAUUUUGUGGAUCAAUAUUAUUAUGGAUGGACCUCCAGCUCAGAGCCUUGGAGUAGAACCAGUGGAUAAAGAUGUCAUUCGUAAACCUCCACGCAACUGGAAGGACAGCAUUUUGACCAAAAACCUGAUACUUAAAAUACUUGUUUCCUCAAUAAUCAUUGUUUGUGGGACUUUGUUUGUCUUCUGGCGGGAGCUGCGAGACAAUGUGAUAACACCUCGGGAUACAACAAUGACCUUCACAUGCUUUGUGUUUUUUGACAUGUUCAAUGCGCUAAGUUCCAGAUCCCAGACCAAAUCUGUGUUUGAGAUUGGACUCUGCAGUAAUAAAAUGUUUUGCUACGCAGUUCUUGGAUCCAUCAUGGGACAGUUAUUAGUUAUUUACUUUCCUCCACUUCAGAAAGUUUUUCAGACCGAGAGCCUAAGUAUACUGGAUUUGCUGUUUCUUCUGGGUCUCACCUCGUCAGUGUGCAUAGUGGCAGAAAUUAUCAAGAAGGUUGAAAGGAGCAGGGAGAAGAUCCAGAAGCCUGUUAGCUCGACAUCGUCGUCUUUUCUUGAAGUAUGAUGCAUAUUGCAUUCUUUUAUUUGCAAACUAGGAAUUGCAGUCUGAGGAUCAUUUAGAAGGGCAAGUUCAAGAGGAUAAUGAAGAUUUGAGAACUUUUGAACUUUUUAUUGACUAAAAAUGAGUGUUGAAGACUUGAUUUGAGACUUUAACCUGCUGACAGUCCCAAAUGAAAUUAUGCAACUUUGAUAACAUAUUCCUUGAUUGAAAUUGGCUUUUGCGAUUGAGUGGAACUUCGUAAAGUGUAUGGGCAGUUAUUUAAUUUAAAAAACAAGCAAAACCUGAACCACCUUCUGCACUUAAAGAGGUCUAACAGUUCAAAUAUACAAUCUAUCCUAGAUAAAUAUGAUUUUUUUUUUAAUUUUUAAAUAUUGUACUAUUUAUGGUGGUGGGGCUUUCUUACUAAUACACAAAUAAAUUUAAUCAUUUCAAAGGCAUUCUGUUUGGUUUAGAAGUUGAUUCCCAGGAGUGCCAUAUUUCAGCUACUGUAUUUCCUUUUCCUGCAGUGUAAGCAGCUCAGCUACCUUGUGUUACCAUUUUUGUAUCUCAAGUUUUUUGCACAGGAUGUGACCACUGUCAGAUCACUGUUCUUUUCUUUCUUUUUGUGAUUGAAGAGCCUAUACUGCAAUUUGAAGUAAAUGUUUGCUUUUCUUAGUAA